GAUCGGAGUCGGAGUCUCCUCUCCGUCCCCGUCGACUCCACACUCGAGAAGCUCCCACCAACAACGCCAAACCCGCCGGAGCCGGAGGAGAUCCAUCGUCCCUCAGCGCCGGCCGCCGGCCGCCGGCGAUGGAGAAGGGCAAGGGCCUCGCCCGCCGCUGGGCGGUGGAGCUCCACGACGCCUCCUCCUCCUCCUCGCACUCCUCCGUCCCCGACCCCCCCGGCUUCACCAGAUCCGCCCCCGACGCGGACGACGCCGGCGGCGCGCGGCAGCGGAAGGAUGCCGAGGCCGCGUGGAAGGCGUCGAAAGCGUGGGAGGUGGCACAGGCGCCGUUCAAGAACCUGAUGAUGAUGGGUUUCAUGAUGUGGAUGGCCGGGAGCACCGUCCACCUGUUUAGCAUAGGUAUCACGUUCUCUGCUCUGUGGCAGCCCAUCAGCGCACUCCGGUCUGUUGGCAAAGUUUUUGAACCAUUCAAGGACCCAAGGGUGGAUACUGUAGUACCUAAGUUGGUCUUUAUUGCUCUUAACUUGGCUGCUAUGGGUUUAGGCGUAUGGAAGCUCAAUACGUUGGGUCUUCUUCCAACAAAUGUAUCAGAUUGGGUAUUUUCGCUGGCUCCUGCUCGGGAGGUUGAAUAUGCUGGUGGAGGAAUCCCCUUGCACUGAUCCCUUUAUAUGCUCUUCAGUUGGUACCUUUUUUUUGGAUAAGUUUUACUAUUUGGAAAUGGUGUCUGUACUAAGUGACAAUUUACCCUGUAGAUGGGACGAGUCUGGUUUUUAUGGGGAUCAUUUAUUAUACGUUUCAGCACUUGUACCAAACUUGCACGAUAUCUUAAGAUGAACUAAAAGGUUUAGCUAAA